GUGAUAUUUUGAAAUGAAAUGUGGAAACAAAAUAAGAAUCACAGUGAAAACUAAAGUGUUUGUGUCAAAACAAAUCACGCGCCAUUUUCGCCUAAUUAAAAACAAACAAUAGGCAAAGGUCUACUCAUACAGCCAACUAAUGGCUAACGUCGGCAAAGUGUUGGCAACAAUAAAAGCCGUAAUUACUCGGCUAGUUUUCGCGUGUCACGGCAUUAUUGCUAUUUGGCAAGUGACCGUAUUCAAGAACGAUAAUGAAUAUUGGUAUCUUGCCUCGCCGAUUCUACUGCUAAUUUUUGAAGGGGUCUUCACGCUCACUAUUAAAGAAAAUCAAGAAUGGAAAUGGUUCUGUCCGUCUGUGUUCAUCUACUUAGGCCUGACAGUUCCAGCCAUCUGGCUGCUCGAGCUCCACAAAGUAGACCUUCGGCUGCAGAAAAAGACGAACCUCACUUAUACAGAAACAGAAAUACCAAUCCCGGGAGCCACCAAGAUUCCAACGGACAUGUGGGUGACGCUGAUAGAACAGUUCUUGAUGCUGACUCUCAUUGUGGGAAGGUGGCUGCUUCCAAAGGGUGACCUCACCAGAGACCAGCUUAGCCAACUACUGCUUGUGUAUAUUGGGACUGCAGCAGACAUCAUAGAAUUCUUCGACUCAUUCAAGGAUGAAAAGGUCGCAACGGAGAAAGUCUUGGUGCUGCUAACGCUGGCGAUCUGGUCGUGGUCUUUGGUGCAGUUCACGGUGGUUCUGACCGCGACCAAGUCCAGGAAAUCUAGAGGAACUGCUCAUAGGUCCGACAUGAAUUCAAGCCGAGCCUGUUGUUGUUCCAUCGAAGUUUGCGCCAUUAUAAUGAACAUAGCGCUACAAGACGCACCGUUCUUGGCGUUUCGACUGCUCAUCAUAGCGCACUACAAGAUUAUUAACUAUAUGAAUAUAUUCUUCACCUGCAAGAACACUUUAGUAAUAUUACUGCAGAUCUACAGACUGUAUGUGUUACAUUUGGAGAAGGUCGAUGAGGGUGGGGGUUCGCACCGAAUACGUCGGGAGAGCCCCAAGAGAAGCCCCCGACACAAAGACAGAAAGGACAAGCAUAAGGAGAAGAAGAAAAAACGGCGGGAAUCUAGUGACAGUUCUGACAGUUCCACUUGAGGUGUAAUAUACAUUCUCUGUGGUACAAUUAAAAAAUUAAGUCUUGGCGCGAAAGUUGAAUUUGGAGAAUAAUGUCGCGCAGAGACAAUGAUUGAUUAUAAUUGUCAAUACAUGCGUUCGACAUAUUUUAUGGUGAUGUGUUCGUGAUUUUAAAUUAGUAAUUGUGAUUUUUUGUCUUUACACAAAUUUUAAAUCCGGUAUUAUUUAAAAAGGCAACUAGCAACAUAUUUUUUUAAUGGCAUCUGUAUUGUUUACAAAAUAUUUUGCUGUUUGACGAAUGUAUUAGCUUAAAUUAUUAUAAGUUGUGAAAUAGUACUCAGGUGUGAAAUGUGAUUUUCUUAUCGUUAUUUUUAUUAUGAGCUGCGCUGUGACACCCUUUCACUGCACUGUAAGUAAUUUUUAAUUAAAUUUCACUAGUUGAUUGUCUUUGAACAUGACAGCAUAACACUGAGGCAGCCUCACAUAUGUAUUGCAAGGUGUUGCAAGAGAAUG